AUGAGCACCACGGGCAUCAAGAAAAGAAUUGCCCCCGCUACCCAGGCGCAUUAUCGCCUGCGCUCUACUAAACUGCGAAAGGAAAAAGGACCCAACCUGCCCAAUGGAGUGGCGGACGCCAUCAUGCGCGAGGCCUCAGAGGCCCAUGAGACCCCGACCGUGCCUCCCCUCGACCCCGCCCAUCAACCAGUACAGAUAGGACCAGAGACACCACAGCAGGCUCAACACUUUCCUAGCCUAGCCCCUGAGAACCAAUACACGGGCCCACUGCCAGCGCAGGACACCCCCCCGGCAUCCCCCACCCAUGACCCCCCCCAGAGCCAACUGAGCCUUGAACUCCACAACCAUAUCACUGCUGCAGUGACGUCGCGCACAGCACAGAUCAAGUCCACAGGUGAUGAAGUCCUUGAACUUGUCUCAGGGAUCAGCCAGAAGAUUGCCAAUUGGGAAGAGAAGGGUUUGGAAGGAGCGGCCUCCCUAGGCAGAGACGUCAGGACACUAGUUCUCAAUUUCAGCAAGAACCUGGCAGAUGGACACCCUGCUGAAGAAAGAGAACAACAACCCCACCCUCCCAAGAAUAAAACUGCAGACACAGCCUGA